AUGCCUAUCCUUCGCAGUGCAAGACGGCUGCGAGGCCAGCUGGGCGAGCUGGGCGACGAUUACGUCGAUAUAGUCGACGAGUACGACGAGGGGCGCGCCGAUUGGGCCGACGACGCGCAGAGCGAGGUGGAAGAGCAGAUCCCGGAGGUGGACAUCCAGGAGAUGGUCGAUCUUGCCAAUGAGCUGUUGCGCAACGGCCACGGGCAGGCGAACAUGCGCGUUCGUGCGCGCAACGUCGAGCUGGCGCGCGAGAUCAUUCUGGAGCACGACAGACGCACGGGCCGUGCCCCGCCACAGCGAUUGGACGACCGUCCGUUGUGGAUGAAGAUCGUGGACUCUGUGACUUUGACGCUGUUCCCGAUUGUUCUGCUGCGCAUAGUGAAGAAUCUGCUGAGUGUUUCGUCGUUUUCCAUUGACAUUCUGCAGGACACGUUCGACUACAUCGAUUUUGUUCAAGGCGUGGACUCAUCGUCGGGCAACGUGUCGCUUCUUUUGAAAUUCGGCAAGAUCAUUGCAGAGGAGUUUCCGCAGCUGGGCAGCGGGUUCCAAAUCGUGCUGACAUUGACCGUGUUCUACGUGUACACGAUCUUGUUUUCGGUGUUUAUGGUGAUAUCGCUAGGGUUUCUGAUCAUGUGUCUACUAUUUUCGCUUGGGAAGCGGUGGCAGAGUCUGGAGAAACUGGUUGUGGGCAUCGUCAAGGACGGCCAAGGGUGUAUAUAA